UUUUGACAAAACAUUGGCAAAAUUACACGCAAGAAUGAUUACCGAGAUGAUCAAUCGAGAUAAAAACCAUCCUUCAGUAAUUGCUUGGUCUUUAGCUAACGAGCCUUUAAUUAAAGGAGACGCUUCUUUUGAAUAUUUUAGUUUAAUUUAUUCGAUAUUAUUUGUCUUAAUCGUUAUUAUGGUUGGUAUCAUGGAUUAGG